CCUGUGGAUGUCUUAACUAAAGAGAGUUAUUGAUACAACUACCGACUGCAUUCGUCAUAGGCUCUCACAGUCUCGGAGUCUAAUAAACUCGAGUGUGGAGUUGUUUUGCAUGUGAAACUGGGUAGCGAGAACUGGACAGGCAUGCAACUCAACUAACAACUGUUUAAUGAAUUUAAAGAGGGAAAACUACCGAUGAAAGGGGAGACCGAAGAACUAUCAUAUCGAUUUCGCUUUCUAAUAUUGUUUUUGGAGUGACAAGGAAAAGGAAGGGAAUGGAGCGUCAUGAUUAGACGCGGAUGAGUUUCCCGUUGACAGUUACUUUGCAUUCUCAAAGAAAAGGGACUGCAACUCUAGCGGAAUAGACAGAACAGCCUUUGCCCGAUCCCUACCUUUGGGGUCAGGGUUCAAGGGCAAGGCAGUCUAAACAUGCUCUCAAACAAGACAUGUGAGAACAUCACUCGAAUUGAUGUAAAUGGGAACCCUGUGGUGAGCAUUGUAAUGUUCAUUGCUGGGGUGGUCGGCAACCUGGUGGCCUUGGCUAUCCUAGGGGUUCACCAGAAAGAGCAUCGCACCAAGUCCUCUGUCUUCUGCAUCCUCGUGACGGGCCUUGCUCUGACAGAUCUUGUGGGAACGUGUUUACUCAGCCCACCAGUUUUCAUUUGCUAUGCUCAAAGCAAAUCCCUGGUAGGUCUUACAGGAAAUUGGUGGCUGUGCGGACUCUUCGCCUUCGCCAUGACAUUUUUCGGCCUGGCUUCUAUGUUCAUACUAUGCGCCAUGGCGGUGGAGCGAUGCCUUGCCAUCAGUCACCCUUACUUCUACUCGAAACAUGUGCGGCGAAGCUUUGCUAAGAUUGUCCUUUUACUCAUCUAUCUCUUUACCUUUGCUUUUUGCUUGCUGCCCUUCUUUGGAUAUGGAAGGCACAAGCAGUACUGUCCUGGGACGUGGUGUUUCAUCAAGAUGGAGGCAGAAGGAGAGGGUGAGGAUGAGGAGAGACGAACGCUGGCCUUCUCGCUGUCCUACGCCAUGCUUAUGGCACUCCUCAUCACUGUAGUUUUCUUGUGUAAUGGUUCGGUCAUUGUCAGCCUGUGCCGUAUGCACCGGAGCCAACUAACUCGCCGGGGUUCGGUGAUGUCAGCUGGACGAAAGAGGAAGUUGAGUACCUGGUUUGGACAAGGAGAGGAAGAAAUGGACCAUCUAAUCCUACUGGCCUCCAUGACCUUCAUUUUCGUCAUUUGCUCCUUACCUCUGACUAUCUGUGGAUUUGUUAAUGCCAUUAGUCCAGUGGGGAAUGACCAGCAGAAUCUCAUGGCGUUCCGAUUCUCUGCUUUUAACCCCAUCCUGGACCCUUGGAUCUUCAUCAUCUUCCGCAAGGCUGUCUUCCACCACCUUCGUUCAUUCUUCCACUGCCGUUUCCCCAGAGACUCAGUGAAGACCACAGCUCAAACUGCCCUGUCUGUCCCUCUGGAGGCUGGAGAUCUCAGCCACAGUUCCAGCAUCCAGAAAAAAAUCUACUGCAGCAUUCCCCAAUGAAGAUCAGAGCAUUUCUCGACAAAGUACUUAAUGCAUUGUGCACUGAAGAAUUUCAAAAGGUGAAGAUGAGACUUGGAAACUUUAGUUAAGACUUAAAAACUGCAUUAAGAGUGGUUUAAAGCCAAUACAAAAUGUAUCUUUGGUGGUAAGAACCAAGAAUGAGAACAUGGGCGUCAUGGCAAUGGAGAAGAAAACACUUUGUAAAUAUGUAAACAAAUGUUUAGGGCUAAGUAGGCUCUUCUGUGCAUGUAAAACACGAAAUGUAGGUGCCCGACUUACUAGAAAUGCAAGCGUGCUUGUUAGAAAAAGUCAAAAAAAGAACAUGAAGGUACAAACCACCAAUGUCAGUAAGCAAAACUGGGGCAGUGAUACAUACCACAAACCACACGCAUACAAAGAAAGGUUUCCACAGGUUGUCAGUUACUCCGCAGUUUCCCAGUCAUCAAGCAUUGAACAUGCUCUUGAAGAUCACAGGUGAACAAUUUGUUCAGAUAUGGACUAAUGGAAUGGAAGAUUUUAAUUCACAGCUGAGCCAUCAAUUAUAUUAAUGCAAAAGUGACUAACAACACUUCAAAUUACAUUUUGAAAGUGUGUUAGCUUUUAACCCUUAUUUAUGAAACUCCACGCAAAGCUGAAUUGUGGUGCCAAAUAUAUACAGUGCCUCCUUAAACAUUCAAACAGUUAAUGAUGACAAAUAUGAUAAUUGGAGUGAUGAAGACACAUUUCCAUUGAUGGACAAGUAGUUGUUAAAACAGGCUCUGUGCUGUGCCUAUCCAAUCAAUGUUAUUAAAUGUGUAAAUAUUAGAAGUCGACCAAUAGUGGAUUUUGUUGAUACAGAUAAUCAAGGUGGCAGAUAUCAUAAAUAUUUCUUAGCCUAUCCUUGUCAAAAAUGAAUAAAAUUCCCAAAGCAGUUUAUUGUGCAACCAAAAUCCCAAUAAUAACCAGAAAAAGGACAAUUUGGUGCAUAAUGCUGGACAUUUAUCUCUAAACAAGUUCGAAAUACACUGGGAAUUUGGCUCUGUUACAAUGCUCUAUAUGCAAGUAUUUACCAAAUUACGCUUUUUAUAUCCUAUAUAUCCACCAGAUGAAGUGUUGUGUAUAUAUAUAUUUCACCAAAUGAGGUAUAUUGAUGAGGAAUUACAAAAAAAUAAAACCCUAUCAGCAACUGCAAAACUGAGAUUUUUGGCAGUAACCUAUAGUUCCAAAAAGCAACUAUCGGUACCGAUUAAUCUGUAAAACCGAUAUAUCGGUCUACCUCUAGUAAAUAUGCAAAAGACAAUAUUAAGCCAGGGUUUAUUAACUCAGUAUAAACAGUGUGAAACAUGGAACAUAUCCCAGGAACAAUUUAAAGUGUGAAAAGCCCAUUUAUACGGUGUCAAAUUAGUGAAAAAAAUGAAAUCGAAGGAUAGAACUGCUGUUAUGUUUGCUCCACUUUGUGUUUAGAGAAACAUUUGUGCUAUUUUACAUUUAAGUCAUUCUGUGUCUGAUCAUUUUGUUUGGAUUAAGUAGCAUGUUUACAUAAAAUCCCUGACAAACUGCUAAAACUGUGGCAAUUUUUUGAGGGGAUAAAAUAUCAUUUCUAAUUACAGAUCACAUUUUAGUUAUUAUUUCAUGGUGGUACAUAAGUAUGGAUAAUAUACAUUUAAUUGUAAUAAUUAAUUAAAAAAAAUAAGAGUGAGUAAACAGGUAUCCGGCCUGAGUACAGGAGACUAAAGCGGGCCAAAGGGAUAGGCUCUGGCAGGUGAAAUUCUAUCCGGAACUGGCCUGAAUGUAUUUUGCCAUUUGGGAAAAGACUAUGACCUCUAAAGUCUUUUGUAUAGUGUAAAAAGCUUUCACCAUACUGAAUGUUUAGAACAAGGUUCAAACUAUCCUGCCCAAAGCAAUGCACGUCUGCUCUCAUAACUGCUCUCAAAGUAUAAUCCUAUAUGUUUUAUUCAAAACCAUGGGAAUCUGAAUUUAAGAAAGAACACUUGCUUUCGUCUACCAUAUUAGUGGUUAUUGUAAUGGAGCCAUGUAACAUUGUGUUGAUGCAUAUUAAUAGACUGUUAUUAUAAAACUACACAUGGGCCUAAGUCAGCUGUUACAAAACAGCUGAGUGCAAAUGGACAGUCUUAUAUGCUUUACUAGGGUAAUUCUCAGGAAACUAACAUUGUACCAGUGAAGUGUAUCCACAUAUAUCCACAAACCGAUGUCAUGGGAAAAAUGACCUGUAUGUUUUGUUUGUUAAAAUCCCCCACAACACUCAAUUGUUAUUUUAAAAGUUUCUUGCAUUACACAGAAUUUAAUCAAAAAAAUAAUAUCAAAGAAAUAAUUCAGCAUCCCUGUUAAUUAUAUCUGUAGUAUAUGUGGACACGGAUAUAAAGAGCAUGGUUUCCUGAGAAUAAUCCGAAAAGGGGCCGUUCAGACUGACAUGUUUGUUGUUGAAGAAAAAAUUCAGCGUAAUAAACGGAACAGAAUGCAGGUAUUUCAAGACACUCCUUUCAAACAUGUCUGUCUUGUGCACAUUUUUUAAAAAACAGUGAGGAGGGAUGCAAAAAUGCAUUCAGUGUGAACGGCCCCUAACGUAUGUACUAUGUAUAGUUUUCUUAUACUGUUGGUCAUGUGUGUACAACGUAAACAGGUUUGACCGGAAGUUAGUCACUUUGUUCCCACUAUUGUAAAGCGUGCUGUUUGCAUGCAUGCUAUGAAUUUUAUGCAGUGUAUUGUAAAAUAAUGUUUUGAGUGUUUGUAAAUCGAUACAUCGCUUAACUAAGUUUCUUUGCACUUUGUACAGUUGAAACAGUGUUAAAUUGCACUCCGAUGCUUCAGUUGUGUAUAUUGGGUUUGUUCAUGUACUGUUGACUCAUGCUAGAAAAAGGAAUAGAAUAGAGUUGCCUGUUCAUGGACACUCAGUAAAGAAAACAACACCCUGUCCAACCAUGCGUCUUUGUUCAU